UCUGUCAUCAGAGUGUGUAAGCGAUGCUAUCGCUUGAAUUUAAAAUUGUUUUAAUAACAAUUUGAUGUACCUCUUUAUACCUGUGUAGAACACAACUGUGUUAAACUAUUUGCAAGUCCAUUGACUUUGGGCUAGAAAUUAAGCCUUUGAUUCAGAUGGCACGGAUUAUGCUUGUUGUAUCUCUCGUGUUUUUGACUUAUCUUCAAGUGGCAUCUACUAGUAGUAGUGGCGUUAAAUGUGUGCAGCACUCUGAAUGUCCAGAAACAAUGGCGUGCGAGAGCGAAAGCUCCUUGUGCGUGGAUCCGUGUCUCGCACAUUCGAAAUGUGGAACCGCAGCGAGUUGUCAUGUCUAUGAGCAUUUGGCUAGUUGCCGUUGUGACCCAGGAACCGAGGGUGACCCCUACAGGAGUUGCAGCUCAUCAACUGUAAAUCUGCUUGUAUACGGACGAUUGGGCUAGGUUAUUUAGGCUAGGCAAGAACGAUUUAAUACGAUGUAUGCCUAUAAGAUUUGAGGACCCCUCGAUUUCUCCAGGAUCCCAUCAUCAAAACUGGGUUCUGAUAAAAUGUGACCAAUUUGUAUGUAUAAAAAAAUCUCACAUCGGUCCAGUAACCAGAACCAUGGAGAUAUCGUGGAAGAAACAUUAAAAAAAAUACAGACGAAUUGAGAACCACCUUCCUUGAGAUUUGGGCGGCGGCGGUUAAAAAUAUUUAAGGUGGCUCGCUUUCCAUACAAAAAACAUCUA